AUGGCGGGAACGCUCAAUCGCAACUUCACGUCGGCGUCCGUAGCGUUCACGUGCAUCCGGCACAACCCACGACUACUGGAGAACUCCCAGAGUUUGUACAAAUUGAUUGUACCGUCAAAGGCGUGCGUGGACGCGGAAGAGAGUGAUAAAUGCAAUGGGGAUGUCGAUCCAGACCGGAUUUGGGCUGUAGUGGCUGUUGUAGCUACUGGUAUGACACAGGAGCUUGACAAGGAGAACGAAGUUGGUAAAGACAAAGAGGAGGAAGAUGAGGCAUUGAUGGAGUGGGAUCUCGUGCAGCUCUUGGCGGAAGCUGGUGUGGGGUUACAGAUCUUCCUGCGCUACUUUACGAGUCUCUUUAACCGUCUGUUGUUGGAGCCACGGCUACUCGCAGCUGUAACGUUGCUCAAGGAGGAGUUUACCAUUGACACGCUGCUGUUUGAAAAGUACCGUGAGUUGUGGCAAAAGACGACGCUGAUGAAAAUGGGACAAAAAGGAGAGUACCAGACGGGCCUGGAUGGAAAUUCUUCAGAUCCAGAACCUGAGAAGCCAGUGGAUAACCAGGAGCUACAGAAUGCUUGGGGGCUGCAAGGGCGUCAUCGAAAGUUGUUUGACGGAGGAUGGGUGCUGUUUUUGCUGGCGAAGAGGAGACUGGCGAGGCAAUAUUCUGGACUCGGACAGCUCUACACUUUGCUCUUGGCGACACUGCAUUUGGUCCUUACCAAUGCUACCCAAAUGUCUCAAGUGACUGUGGAGGCAGAAGUUGCUGUGGCGCUAAGUGCACUGGGAGACUUGGGAGACGAAAAAACGUCGCCCAUGAAGUCGGGAGCUGAAGUUGAUUCGAGUACGCAGAUUUUCAACACUUUGUGUGCAGCGCCGAGAGUUGAUCGAGCUGACGUCUUGCGCGCAUCUGAACACUUGGGGCUUGUACUGCAGCAGCUUGGCAAAGAAGGUGUGGUGCAGAACGAGGCGAGGGAACACGCGGUGUCAAGAAUGACACUAUUUGCUGAUGCUGUGCUUGGACAGAACGUGACGCGGCUGUCGGAAAAAUACAAGCAUGACUAUCUCGAUGGCUGCGGCAAGCUGGACGAACGAUUCUUUCUGGACGAGCACAUUCGACAGACCAUCAUGGGAGCAAACGUUAAUGUACAACCUGGUAAAGGAGGCGGCGGCUUUAGGAUGAAGUCAAGUGAUAGGUUGAGUACAAGCCGAAGCAUGACGCGCAAUAUGCUAUCCCCGUGCGACGCAACAUGA